CCCAUCGCUAUCUCUCUCUCGACGACUCGAAUCCCCCCAUCGCCUUCUCCACCACGGGGUAGAGCCGCAGGAUACCCCCCCGCCCCUUUCUUCUCACUCUGCCUUCUCUCUCUACCUUCCCACCUUCUUUCUAUAACUAUUAUAAUUAUUACCCCUAUCUCUCGCCGGAUUCCGAUCGGAGAAUCCAUUUGCACCGAUCAAAUCUGUUCCAAUUUGCUUUUUUUUUAGUAUUAUUUUGUAUUCUAUACGGACGGUUCUCCUUCUUCGAGGUGAGGAUAAUAUGCCUUUAGAUAUGUGUAUCUGGACAUCUGUAGUUGAUUAAUUGGAUAAUUAUAGGUGAAAUUUAUGGUGGAUUAGAGCCCUUGGGUGAUGAUGAUUAUGUGGCAGCGAUUCCUGUUUAAUCGAGACAUGAAUUUCGGAUCUCUUUGACUUCCGCAAGGAUUGGGUACUCUGUGUUAUAACGGGUUUCGGGGACUCGGACUUCCGUAAUUAUUGUGUUUAUUUCGCUUUCGUAUUGUCUCAAACUAGUUGUUAUUUUUAUUCUUUUUUUUUGAAUAUAUAAUAUGGAGUAACAACUUCUGUAACUAUCAUUUUGAGCUGCGUCUAUACAUCUGUGAAUAUUCAUUUGUUAAGUGCGUCUGAAGAUUUUUUAUAGGUUUCACACUCUCGGGGUGAAGAGGGCGUAUUAGUGUUGUCAUAUUUCUUUCAUUUUAUUAGUUUGUUUAUCAAUUUAAAAUUUCAUGAAGAACAAUUAGGCUCUAACUAUUACAGAGACGUGCCUUUCUGUGGUUUUCCUUUCGAAUUCGUGAUGAAUGACUGAGAGUAAUCUAAAAGAUGCUUAGAAGAAAAGAACAUAAGUUGAUUACAUUACUAUCUUUUUUCAAUUUGUCCCCCCCCCCUAGAGCCAUGACUACUAAAGCAGGCAAAUUUUGAUGAAUCCCAUCAACUAUGAUAAGGGCGGGUUGUUAUGUAGAGUUUUUCAUGCGAUGUGGUAUCACUUAUGUACACUACUCCCUUCCUAAUAUAUACGAUUGAUUUUUUAAUUCAUUCAUUUUAUUAUUAUUAUUAUUAUAUUAUUAUUAUUAUUAUUAUUAUUUCAGGUGGCCUUUUGUUUGUGUUGUGGAAUGUACAUUCGCCAACAGCUUGCUCGCAACUGAUUGUACUUCUUGUAUGUGAUCAUGGGAUCUGCUUGUUGUAUAGCUGCAAAAGGUGGAACACCAUCAAACCAAUCAGCAACUGAAAAUUUACACAGGACUGUCGGGUGUUCACCAUCGUGGAGUUUUCGGUGGGAUAAUCGAGGGAGAGUAGUAGGGGAAGAAACUAAACUGAAUUGGUCUUCUGAUGGAGUUAGUGGUAAUGAUAGAUCAGAUUUUAAGUCUAGGACAACUAUAGAAACAGUAUAUGCCUCUGAAGAGGGAAGUCCAUUCGAGAGCUUCCGGUCACAUGCAUGGCAGAAGUCACCAACCUCCGAAAGAAAUGGUGAAAUUUUAUCACAGCCUUCUUCAGAUCCCUUGGUGGCCUCAAACUCCACAGAGAUAAUAGAACCAGCAAGAUUGCCUGCAGUAACAUAUCCUUCUCCUGCACUGUCGGCUUCAGCUUUGUCAUAUGAUGAAAGUCAGCAGCUCCCUGUGAACCUGACUCCCUCGAGUUCGUUCAUUCUCCCUGGUUGGGGCAUCGAAUCAAUUCAGGGCUCUCAUGGUGGAUCAUCAGAUGGUUGGUCUAUUCCUGCCUUUCACGAAUUCCUACCAACUCCCCACAGGGAAAGGUGGUCUUUUGAUAGUGAAGGCUUUAGUUUCCUUUGUGGAAGAACAUCCAGUUCUCCCUCUUUAGAUCUCAGAGCGUGUGGCGUUUGUGCAAAGCUGCUGACAGAUAAAUCGUUUUGGGGCGGUCAGAAAACUACGCCUAAUGGAAUUUCUGUUGUUUCUGUACUUACAUGCGAGCAUGUUUUCCAUGCUGAGUGCUUGGAGAAUAUGACUCUGGAGAUCAACAAGUAUGACCCGGCGUGCCCUGUCUGCACUCUUGGGGAGAAACACGUGUCUAAGAUGUGUGAGAAGGGUUUGAAAGCUGAGAUGAAUUCAAAAGCUAGAAAGAGAUGUAGGAAUCAAGUUGUCGAUAGUGAUUUUAAUGGAAACCUUGCAGCAGUGGGAGAUGUCGUGAGGUGUCCAAAGAUCAGCUCUAGUUCCUCCAGUCUGAAGAAGCUUUCUGUGGGAAAGCCAUCUUUGAGACGCCAUUUUUCAUUCAGUGGAUCCAAGGGGACAACAAGAGCAGUGUCUGAGAAUGAGUGUGCUCAGAAAAGGGGCUUUUUCUGGACACGAUCUAGCAAGGAGAAAGCUUCUUCAUGGGCACAACAAUAGUUAAGCAACACCAUGACAUGGGAGAGAUCUUCUGUUGCUGGCUUUGGCGCCGUUGCAGGGGUUGAAAACGAGUCGAAAUUGAAAAGACCUUUCUUUGGGGGAGGGGCUGUUUAAAUUAUUUUGCUGUCAGGUUUAGGUAAGGCUCUGCAACUACAAUGUAAAGAAGGGGAACCAUUAGAGGUUGAAGGUUCCAAUCAUUACCAGGAACACAAAUGGAAAAUGGGAAUUCUGAUGCUUAGUCAUAUAUAUCUUCUUUUUUUUGUUACAUUUCAAGUGUGCAUGAAUUAUUAUAAUUUGAUGCCAAAGUGCCAAUUAGCAAAUGCAUGGCGUAUUCGAAUACCCAUU